CUCUCAAAAUGGCCCCUAAAUUUCUCUUUCGUUUUUCUCCAAAUCCCUAAAAAACCCAAAUACCCUAACCUAAAAUACGAUUGGAUUACGAAUAAAAGGAAUUCGUUAGAUUUCGAGAGACUAAAAGAGAAGAGAAAAGGAGGGGGAAUGGAUUCAGAUCAGGGGAAGUUGUUUAUCGGUGGGAUAUCAUGGGAAACAGACGAGGACAGGCUAAACGAAUACUUUGGUCAAUACGGAGACAUCUUGCAGACUGUUGUUAUGAGAGAUAAGGUUACUGGUAGACCUCGAGGUUUUGGAUUCGUUGUUUUCUCAGAUCCGUCCGUCCUCGAUACUGUUCUUCAAGAGAAGCACACCAUCGAUGGUAGAACGGUCGAGGCAAAGAGGGCUUUAUCUAGAGAGGAGCAGCAAACAUCUGCCAGAUCUGGUAAUUUUAAUCAGGGUAGAAAUUCCGGAGGUGAUGGAAAUGUCAGGACCAAGAAGAUUUUUGUUGGAGGGUUGCCUCCGACCUUAACUGAAGAUGGGUUUCGUCAAUACUUUGAGGCUUAUGGUCAUGUGACCGAUGUAGUAAUCAUGUAUGACCAGAAUACUCAACGGCCUCGUGGAUUUGGUUUUAUCUCCUUUGACACUGAAGAUGCAGUUGAUAGGGUUUUACACAAAAAUUUUCAUGAUUUGGAUGGCAAGCAAGUUGAAGUGAAGAGGGCCCUUCCUAAAGAUGGCAAUCCUGGUGGGGUUAAUCGAACUUCGAGUGGAGGUUCUGGUGGUUUUGUAGGUUACCAGAGCUUUGGUUCAUCUGGUGGGAAUUCAAGUUCUUAUGAUGGUCGAAUGGAUUCCAAUAGUUACAUGCGCGCCCAGGGUACUGGAGCUGGCUUUCCACCUUAUGGCUCAUCAGGAUAUGCACCUGGUUACGGUUAUGGUCCUGCUAGUAGUGGUGUUGGCUAUGGUAGUUAUGGCAAUUAUGGUGCUGCAGGUGCUGGUUAUGGUGCCCCUGCAGGUGCAGCUUAUGGGAAUCCCAAUGCUGGUUAUGUAAGUGGGCCUCCUGGUGCCCCUAGGAGUUCAUGGGGCGCUCAAAAUCCAACUGGUUAUAGUGGUAUGGGUUAUGGAAAUGCUACUCCUUGGGGUGCUGGUGGCCCUGGUUCUGCAGCUACUGGCCAAUCUCCCACUGGAGCAGCUGGGUACGGGAAUCAAAGUUAUGGAUAUGGUGGAUAUGGAGGAAGUGAUGGACCAUAUGGGAAUGCUGGAUAUGGGGCAGCUGGAGGUCGUUCUGGUGGUACUCCAAAUAGUUAUGCUGGCUUGGGUGGGGGAGAUCUACAAGGGAGUGGCGGUGGUUACAUGGGAAGUGGAUACGGUGAUGUAAAUGGAAGUUCAGGGUAUGGUAAUGCAUCAUGGAGGUCUGAUUCAUCCCAAGGUUCUGGUUACGGGGGUGCUCAUGCAAAUGGUACUCAUGGAGGACAAGGCGGUUAUGGUGCUGGGUACGGUGGUGCACAGGGCCAACAACAGUGAUUAUAUGACUUGAAAGACAACUUGAUCUCGACCUCUUCUGUGCGUAAGCUUUGCUUUGCAGUUUGCGUUCGUAAUUGUGAUGGUUUCUUACACCCAGCAGUGACAGGGGAGGCUCACGUUGGAUGCCAAAUCUCCUUGGGACCGGUUGGAUUGCUUGAAACCCUGUAGUUUGCAGUAUCUAUCUUGCUAGUCAUAAUAAGUAGUUUUUAGGCAUAAUAGAUGCCUUUCAGUUGUGCUACCGAGUGCAGUUUUAAUUUGGCUUGCUUUAUAUUUUCUUUUUUCUUGCCGCUCCAGUACGUUCUUAUCUAUGGUAGUGUUCAAGUUGUGUUUGUUUUUAUAACU